GGAAGCGUACAAAUUAAACAUUCUCUGCAGAAAUAAAACUGAAAUUUCAAUGAAUGAACAUACCGCAUAAUGACAGUUUUCUCUCUGCAACAUUCUCUCUGCCAACAGCUGUUUGAAUUCGGCGAGAUUCUAACUAAAACAUCUCGUUGUUGUUUUGUGCGGUGGUUGAAUAUUUCAAAGAAAAUUUUAAAUUAAAUAUGUUGUCUUCGAAAGUGCAUUAUUUACGUUAUGCAAGAGCAGCAAAUUUGCUAAAUCUUUCUAAUAAGUUUACACCUGAUAUCGUGGACACAUCUUGCAACACAACAAAUGUAAGGAACUUUCAUGCUGCAAGUCCUGCAAAGAUCAAUGUACAUCGCUUGCUAUUGCCAUCGACACUGAAUGCGCUUGCAUUACCAAAUAGUGGAAUACGUUUUGCCAGCGCUGAUGCUGUAGCCACAAAUGUUGCCACAGAUGCCACCAAAGCCGUAGUCGAUCUCUCUACUAUACCUGAAGCACCCGCCGCACCAGUAGCAGAAGCUUCCGCACAAGUACUCAAUGCCGCUGGGGAACCCACAUUCGCCUCUAUAGGCCUUGGUGGUUGGACGCCUGUAGGCCUUGUAGAAAAUUGUAUGGAAUUCUUACAUAUCAGCUGUGAUAUGCCAUGGUGGGGUGCAAUCGCAGUUGGUACCUUGGUGGUACGUACAAUAAUAUUUCCACUUGUGAUAAUGGCACAACGAAACGCCGCGAAAUUAAAUAAUUUCAUGCCUCAAAUGCAAGUUUUGCAAGUUAAGAUGACAGAGGCUCGUCAAUCUGGUAAUGCUAUAGAUUCGGCGCGUUAUGCACAGGAAAUGAUGUUAUUUAUGAAAGAAAAACAAAUCAAUCCUCUAAAGAAUAUGAUUGUACCAUUGGCGCAAGCGCCACUCUUUAUUUCCUUCUUCAUGAGUUUGCGUGCUAUGGCUAACACGCCUGUGGAGUCAAUGCGUGAUGGAGGCUUAUUCUGGUUUACCGAUUUAACAGUUGCUGAUCCAACAUUUAUGUUACCGUUGAUCACCAGUGCAACGCUUUAUUUAACCAUAGAAAUCGGCACAGACAGCGCACGUUUAUCAGCUCAAAACAUGUCGAUGAUGAAAUAUGUGCUACGAGCAUUACCUAUAGCUAUCUUCCCAUUUACAAUGAAUUUCCCAGCGGCAAUUUUGACAUAUUGGGCUUGCAGUAAUUUCAUAUCUCUGGGUCAGGUGGCUAUGUUGAGAAUACCAGCUGUGCGUGAUUAUUUUAAAAUCGAUAGAAUGGUUAUACACAAGCCAGACAAUCUACCAAUAAAAAAGAAAGGCUUCGUCAAAGGCAUGAAGGAAUCCUGGGAAAAUAUGAAAAUAAGCAAAGAAAUCGAAGAACGACAACGUUUGGAUGAAAUCCGUUUCGCGAAAGCGGGUAAAGGACCUUUAGUAAAGACAUUCAAAUAUGAUCCUACAAAACCACGUCCGGCAACAGGAAGCACAAGCAGCACGAGCACAUCAACAGUGCAAGCGAAAAAGUCCUAAAGUGGAUAGAAAAUAGUUGUUGUUAUAUAUAGUUUUAUUAAUUAAAGCCUAACAUUGUA